AAGUCUCGGUAUGUGUGUUUUUACUAUAUUUACAUGAUGAAAAAUACUAGUUAAGAAUUUUGGGAUCAUUUUGAUCCUUAAAACACUAAAUAAAUUACUAGAAAUGCCUCGAAUUAAUAUUUAUCUAACAACAAAUUUUUAUAUACGAAUAAGUGAAAAAAAAAAAAAAAAAGUCAAAUGUGUCCAUUCUUUUGAAGUAGAAGACACCUAAUGACCUAAAUGAAGUGUUUAUAUACACCAAAUUAAAUUUUUAACCUGUUAAAAAAAAAAAAAGGCAGCAAAAUGGCAAAUGCAAUACUUCCACUCAAAUACACAAAAAAUUAAAAUAAAAAAAAACCCUUGGGUUUACUUUCACCAUCAAUGUCUGAACUAACCUAACAAAUCCAAAGGAUAGCCGAUGAAGUGAGUCUUGAGCUCAACUCAGCGAGUCAGCUUCCUACUCUGUUGACUCUCUUUCUCACCUCACCUCACUUUCUCUCUCCUCUCCAUAUUCUCGCUCUCUCUCUUUCUGGCUCUUCUUAUCUUCUUCUUCUUCUUCUUCAACUUUCUCUCUCCUAAAAAUGGCGUCUUCCACACCACCUCAUUGCUCCAUUACUGCACCUUCAAAACCCCACCAAAUUUCAACCAAUUCUUCCCACAAAACCCUUCAACAUAAUCAACAACACCCUCCUCAUCUUCCUCGUCGUUUCACUUCCCACAAAGUCUCUGCUUCUCCUCUUCCUUCCAAUUCUCUCUCUAAAGCUCCUACCUUUCUCUCUCCUCUUCCCACCCCCAAAAAAACCCACCUUUCCCCUGAUUUUUCCGGCAAGAAAUCGACCCGUUUUGUGUCCAAGCUCCAUUUUAAUCGCCAAAGAUCGAAUCUUUCUACCCGACAUUCCCCUGUUGCUGAGGAUGUUCUUGCUCAAUCAGCCGCCGCCAUUGAUGAGGUUCAAUUUCAGGUUAUUUUGAUGGGGUUUGAAGGGAGGCUUUCUGGGUCUGAGGAUUACUGCUUUCUUCUUCGAGAGCUCGGAAAUCGAGGCGAAAGUUCCAAAGCUGUUGCUUGCUAUGAAUUUGCUGUUCAGAGAGAGAGGAAGGUAAGUGAAAGAGGUAAAUUGGCUAGUACUAUGAUUAGUGUUAUGGGUAGAUUAGGGAAUGUUGAUUCAGCUAGGUUUGUGUUUGAUAAUGCUGUUAAUGGGGGUUAUGGUAAUACUGUUUAUACUUAUUCAGCUUUAAUUAGUGCUUAUGGAAGAAGUGGAUUGUGUAAAGAGGCAAUUGGGGUUUUUGAGAUGAUGAAAACUCAAGGGUUGAGGCCUAAUUUGGUGUCUUAUAAUGCUGUUAUUGACUCUUGUGCGAAAGCCGGGGUUAAAUUUGAGGUUGUGAAUGAUAUUUAUGAUGAUAUGUUGAGUAAUGGGGUUGACCCUGAUCGAAUUACUUUCAAUUCAAUGCUUGCUGUUUGCAAAGGGGGUUUGUGGAAAGAGGCUAUGAGGUUGGUUAGUGAGAUGGGUAUUAGGGGGAUUGAUCAAGAUGUGUUUACUUAUAAUACCUUGUUGGAUGUGAUUUGUAAGGUAGGGAAGAUGGAUUUGGCUUUUGAUAUUAUGUCCGAAAUGACGGCUAAGAAUGUCAUGCCUAAUGUAGUUACUUAUAGUACCGUGAUUGAUGGGUUUGCUAAAGCCGGUAGGUUAGAGGAUGCACUAGGCAUGUUCGAGGAGAUGAAAUGCGCGGGAAUCGCUCUUGAUAGAGUUUGUUACAAUGCCUUGUUGUCUAUCUUCUUAAAGCUAGGUAGGUUCAAGGAUGCUCUCAAUGUUUGCAAGGAGAUGGAGAGCUGUGGCAUUAGAAAGGAUGUGGUAACUUAUAAUGCAUUGUUGGGUGGAUUUGGUAAACAAGGCAAGUAUGAUGAAGUUAGACAAGUGUUUGACCAGAUGAGAAGAGUACGUGUUUUACCCAAUGUUCUGACGUACUCUACUCUGAUUGAUGUAUAUUCUAAAGGGGGUUUAUAUAGGGAGGCAUUGGAGGUUUUUAAAGAGUUUAAACAAGCCGGUUUGAAGGCUGAUGUUGUUCUUUACAGUGGCCUCAUUGAUACUUUGUGCAAAAAUGGGUUUGUGAAAUCAGCUGUGCUUUUGCUCGAUGAGAUGACAAAGGAAGGAAUCCGACCAAAUGUAGUCACAUACAACACUAUAAUUGAUGCCUUUGGUCGAUCUGCCGGAGUGGAUUACUUGGUUGAUGCUAUUGUUCCAGUGGAUGAGAAGUCAGGGGGUAAAACAUCAAUGAUAUUGACAUGUGAUUCUGCUGCACGCAAUCUUGAAGGCAGCGAGCAUAAUAGAGUCAUGAAGAUCUUUGGGCAGCUAGCAGUUGAUAAGUCUCGUAAUUCCAAAGAAUUUAAUGAGAGCAGCCAAGAGCUCCUGUGCAUCUUAGGACUCUUCCAGAAGAUGCAUGAGCUUGAGAUAAAGCCGAAUGUGGUGACCUUUUCGGCUAUUUUAAAUGCUUGCAGCCGCUGUAACUCACUGGAAGAUGCCUCUAUGUUACUGGAAGAACUCCGCCUGUUUGAUGAUCGAGUCUAUGGUGUUGCACAUGGACUACUGACAGGUUCCAGGGAUACAAUCUGGAUUCAAGCACUCUCCUUGUUUGAUGAAGUUAAGCAGUUGGAUAUUUCAACUGCAUCUGCCUUCUAUAAUGCUCUAACUGAUGUGUUAUGGCACUUUGGUCAAAAACGAGGAGCUCAGCUAGUUGUGCUUGAAGGAAAGAAUAGGAAUGUUUGGGAAAAUGUGUGGUCCACAUCUUGCUUGGAUUUGCACUUGAUGUCCUCUGGCGCUGCUCGGGCCAUGGUACAUGCUUGGUUGCUAAACAUUCGCUCUGUUGUUUUGGAAGGACAUGAGCUGCCAAAGCUGUUGAGUAUUCUGACUGGUUGGGGAAAACACAGCAAAGUUGUUGGUGAUGGAGCACUGAAGCGAGCCAUUGAAGGGCUGCUCAGUGGCAUAGGUGCUCCUUUCCAUUUGGCAGAGACCAACCUUGGGAGAUUCAUAUCACAGGGAGCAGCUGUCACUACCUGGUUAAAGAAGUCUGGCACCCUUCAGGUGUUACUACUUCAGGAUGUUAGAACUCAACCUGAAAACCGAAGAUUGGAUCAAAGGCCUAAUUUGCAGCCCCUCCCUCUGUAGUAGCUUCUGAAUCUGUAUACCGUGCAUCUGCUUCUGCCGAUCUACGUUUUGUGCUCACCUAUUUACUCCUUGAUCCAGUGGUAACUCUGGUAAGAGCUUGGCUUUGUGACUGACAAUUCACAGGGAAUUGGGGUGGACUUCCCUCAAGAUUCCGGACUUUCACUGGUUUGCAGACUGUGGUAGACCUUUCUGCAGUUUCCAGGCUCGUCACAUCUCCUUCCCAAAAAAUAUCUACUGUGUUUAUACCCUGUAAUUAAUGUGAUUUAUCUAGGUAUCGGCUAAUGCUUUCUCUCGUUAUCUUGCCCUUCCCGCUACAUAUAUGGGCGAAUUUUGUGCUACAAUGUCGCCCAUUACAUGCAAAGCUCUGGCUGCAUAGACAGUUGCCUGGUGACAUGGUUUUCGAUUAUUCGAAAUUUUUUCAACUCCUAGCUUCACCAGUAGCAUGGUAUGGUAGUCUUUGGCCUUCAAACACUGGUCAGCAAUUAGAUUUCGUCUGGGGCUCUUUUAUGUACGCGUGAUGCAUAAAAGAUGAUUUGUAAUUGAAUGAAACGGAAAAAUAAAUGUAACAGUACACUGUUUCAUUUAUAUGUACAGCAAUGCUAGAGUAUUAGGGAGUAAUGUAGAUAUUGUACCUUGUUCUUCUCUUUUCAAAGCAGGCACAAAUCCAAGCCACUUUUACGCAAUACUUCAAGGUUGCUAAGCACAAGUUCUAUGACGAUUGAUCCUAGAAUUAACUCUACAUUCUCUAGUAUCUCUACCAUCUUGCUGAGUUUUCUAGAGCAUAUAAUUCCAUGCAAAUAGUAAGAAAUUAGGCCUUUCUAUUGUAUAUCACAAUGUUUUGUAUUGGUGAAAUACAAAGCCAUAAAUGUUGUAACAUAGAUAGAAUUCAAGUAUGGGUCAUUUUAUUGGGCAUUACAAUUUGGUUACGAAAUAUAGAGUUCCACCACUUUUGUAUA